GUGGCCACCCGCGCAGGGCUGAACCAGGAGCCGCCAAAAGACGUCAUAAAUUAUUCAUAAGCUCAUCUACACAAAAGCUCAAACGGACAAAGAACAAGCGACAGAACGCAUCUGUAGUUGAGACUGGAUCCUCAUAGACACCCUUACGAUGUUACACAGGCGGAGGGGUAGCUGGAUAUGUUGCAUCGAGAUGCAGAUCACGCGAUGCAAGCUUUCUUUGUUUGAGAAGUGUAGAAGCCCGCUCGUAAGACCUAACAGGAUUGGCUGGGUUUGGUAUCAUCAAUCCUGAGAACCACUAAGUCGUAACAUUUUGAUUGCAAUAACAAUAUAAAAUGAUGAGUGAUGGUACGUAUGUACAGCCGGCUCAGCCCCAGAUAAAGGUUAUGAUAAUAUCUAGCUGCCUCGGGAGCCUGGUAACUAUUCUAGUAAUCUCAUUUCUACUAAGAAACACUUCAUUCGUAAACAUAUACCUUCCUGCGGCCACCACACCACAUACCGCAGACCAAAAUACCGCGGACUCUGUGUAUAGACUCGCCGACACGAAAGGGAAUACCGCUGAGAUGGGUCGCCGUGCAGCAGUCUUGGAACAGAUAACAGCUGCCGAUUCUGGUCAGCGGAUUCUAGGGCGAACGCGUGAUACUGUGGGCUUCAUCCGUGCGACCGCUGAAUUUCAUCAAUCUGUGGGCUCUGGCAAUAAGCACCGGAUCGAGGAAGAAGGAUUUACUCGAAGGUCAUCACGUGAUGUGCAGCUGAUAUUGCUGAAGAGCGCGGUUAAGCAAGGAGCUGUGUGCUUAGACGGCUCGCCGCCUGGGUACUACUAUCGCGAGGGCUCGGGCAAGGGUUCGGAUAACUGGGUGCUUCAUUUCUUCGGAGGGGCGUGGUGCUAUGACGAGGAAGCGUGCCUACAGAGGAGUAAAACCGUCCUUGGUUCCUCUAAGUACUUCCCCGAGCACCCGCCCAAAUUACAGGGUGUUCUAUCCGGCGACGCGCGUAUUAACCCAGACUUCCAUGAUUGGAACCUUGUAAUGACCUGCUACUGCGACGGUGCUUCUUUUACAGGUUACCGCACGGAGCCCGUCAGUAUCCGUGGUGAGUUGAUCUACAUGCGAGGCAAGCGCAUACUUGAGGCCAUCAUGGACCAGCUUUUGUCAAGUCAGUUCAGCAAGGCAAAGCGUGUAUUAUUAACCGGUACAUCCGCUGGGGGUCUGUCCGUGGUCUUACAUGCUGACUAUAUACGAAAUAAACUACCUAAAUCGAUGGCGCUUCGGGCGAUGUCUGACUCGGGAUAUUUUGUCGAUAUUGCGUCGUUAAAUGGCGGGAACAUAAUAAAUCGUCACUUCAAGCGGAUGUUUGAGGUUCAUAAUUCAACAGCUGGGGUACAGCAAGACUGCGUGCGAGAUGCGGAGCCUGGGUACCAGUGGAAGUGUCUCUUUCCUCAGCACACCUUCCGGUUCCUUUCUACGCCUAUUUUUAUUCUCCAAUCAGCGUACGACGCGUGGCAAAUAAUCCAUGUCCGAGGUGUCAGCUGUGAGCCUCCAGACUAUAGAGAGGCUCAACGCAUGCGCACAAACAGCAUCGAUCUCACGAGAGGUCACGUGAGCAGGCGAAGUCUCCCGAAUAAGCCUCAUCCCUCGUGGGCCUAUCGACACAUCCACGGAAUCUACUGUAAGCCUCCCGAGUGCACAUCCAGAGAGCUAAAGGCCAUCAUGCAAUAUCGUAACAUUACCCUGCAUGCCUUGCACCCUGUAUUGCGAAGCCGCACUUCCGGUCUUCUGCUGACGUCAUGCAUGGAGCACUCACAAAGCCUGUAUGACGACACCUGGACAAAGUUAUAUGUAAACGGGCUUCCUGUGUCAGAGAUUGUGGGUGACUGGUACUUUGAGCGUAGCAAUGGACAUCACCAUGUAGACUGUGAUUACCCUUGCAAUCCAUCAUGUGAAAAUAUAGGAUGAAACCCGAAAGGUAAAGACAUGGGCUCCCUGUGUCAACUGGCAUUGCAGUAGCUCUGCCCGCUUUUCGUUUAUUUUUCGUUGUUGUUGUUGUUGUUUUUGUUGCAUUUUUUUUUUCAAUUAAAAAAAAUGAUAACAAUGAUGCCCUUGUCCGCAACGCUUUAGAAGCAAACUGGACAAACCGAAAGCGGGAGGCUACGUCAAUAAGAAAUAACAACAUAGCAUUAUAUUUGCAAGUCUCUUGUAUUUAAUUAAUAAAUAAAACACUGCAUCAAUAAAAAAAA